ACCUCCAGCUCCAGAAUGUUCCUUCUACUGACCAUACUCCAAGUCUUGGCACUAGCCCUUGUCCAGGGUCAAGGAGAUGAUAAAAUUCUUGGUGGCUACACAUGCAUCCCGAACUCCCAGCCGUGGCAAGUGGCCCUGCAGGCGGGUCCUGGGCGUCGCCUUGUGUGUGGAGGGGUACUGCUGUCAGACCAGUGGGUCAUCACUGCUGCUCACUGUGCCCGCCCGAUUCUUUUCGUAGCCGUGGGCAAGCACAACCUAAGAAGGUGGGAAGCGACUCAGCAGGUGGUGCGUGUGGUCCGCCAGGUACCACAUCCCCAGUACCAGCCCCGGGCCCAUAACAACGACCUGAUGCUGCUGCAGCUGCAGAAGAAGGUGCGGCUGGGCCGAGCAGUGAGGGCCCUUCCCGUGGCCAGGAACUGUGCUAGCCCAGGGACUCCCUGCCGCGUGUCAGGCUGGGGGACCACAUCCAGCCCCGUUGUCAGGUACCCCAACGCUCUGCAGUGCGUGAAUGUCAACAUCAUGUCGGAGGAGGUGUGCCGGCGAGCCUACUCUGGAAUCAUCACCUCUGGCAUGGUCUGUGCCGGGGUGCCCCAAGGCGGAAAGGACUCCUGUCAGGGUGAUUCUGGAGGACCCCUGGUGUGUGGAGGACAGCUCCAGGGCCUUGUGUCCUGGGGAAUGGAGCGUUGCGCCAUGCCUGGCUUCCCAGGAGUCUACACAAACCUGUGCAAUUACCAAAACUGGAUCCAGAAAACGAUGCAGGGCAACUGA